UUUUUAUAAGAUGAUAUAAAAGGUAGUGCUAGCAAAGUUUGCCCCUCAAACGCCUGCGUUCGGAUUUCCCCGGAAGUGAGUUGUCCACUUUUCCGCGUGUCUGCUGGUGUCUGUAGUUUCUUCUCGCUGUCUCCCAGGUUUAAUUUCGAUUACACAUUCCCAUACAAAAACUACAACCCGUGUGUUUCCGCUCGAGGCAAAUAGUUUUGUGUAGUAGGAUGGGAAGUGUAGUCUACACGUAGGCAUUCGUGAUUUGGAUCAAAGGAGAAUACCUGAUUUAAAAACUACAUUAACCAGCAUGCUUUGCGCCUUAAAGGAAUCACUCAGCCGCGGCUAACCACCGAUGCGAAAUAGCAAAUUAGCUCAUGAGGUCUGACUAUUAUCCUUCUAGUUACGUUAUUAGUGAGUUAAUGAAAUAAACGUUGAGACAGAAUGCCAGAAGGAGACAGUUCCGGUGAAUCCAUCCAUGGGAAACCAUCAGCGAUCGGAAACUUCUUUAAGCGGCUCGGGCAGGUUUAUCAGUCAUGGUUGGACAAGUCAACACCGUUCUCAGCAGUCCGAUGGGCGGUCACUCUUAUUCUAACGGCCAUAUAUAUGAUCCGAGUAUAUAUACUACAGGGGUGGUACAUAGUCACAUAUGCUCUUGGGAUCUACCACCUAAACCUCUUCAUUGCUUUCCUCUCACCUAAAGUGGAUCCCUCGUUGCUUGAUGAUCCAGAUGAGGGUCCAGCACUACCCACGAAACAGAAUGAAGAGUUCCGGCCGUUCAUUAGGAGGUUGCCAGAAUUCAAAUUCUGGCAUUCAGCGACGAAAGGCAUCAUCAUCGCUAUGAUUUGCACGUUCUUCGAAGCCUUCAAUGUGCCGGUGUUCUGGCCCAUCCUCGUCAUGUAUUUCAUCAUGCUCUUCUGCAUCACCAUGAAACGGCAGAUCAAGCACAUGAUCAAGUAUAGAUACCUGCCCUUCACACAUGGGAAGAGGACUUACAGAGGCAAGGAAGACACAGCGAAAACCUUUGCUAGUUAAAAUCCCCCUUCCUGAAAUUAAAGUUAUUAAUGAAGAAUGGUGCGUAAGGGGGGGGUUGAGGUUUUCUUUUUUUCUUUUGCUUUCUUUCUUUUUCUGAGUAAGGAAAAGCCAAGCUUGUUGAAACUUUUGAGCAACAUGAUACUGCAAUGCUGCCUUUAAGCGUUUGGGGUUUGGGUCUUUGAGAAAUGCUGUUGAGAGCUUUUACACUGGCAAAUUUGAAUAUAUUUGGACAACCAAGUAUGAGAUUUGACUCAUUAUUUUUUCAGUGGUCCCCAUUCUUCUUUAAACCAAGAGGAUUUGAUAGACCAUCUUCUCUAGUAUAGAUUUUAAAAUAGUAGUUCACUUGGAAAUGCUAAUUUUUCAAUCAUUUACCCACCUUCGUGUCAUUUUCAAUCAAUAUGGCUUUUUUCAGUGGAAAACAAAAGAGUAUGAUAUUUAGCAGAAUGUAUGUGCUGCUCUUUUCCAUAGCUUUAAUGUUAUGGAAAAUAGCAGUAUUAAUAUAAUUUCAUUUUGUGUUUCACUAGUGGAAAUAUGUUAUUGGUUUGGAAUUAAGGGAAGGUGAGAAGUGGACUACUACAUGAUUAUUUAUGAACGUGGAAAUAUAAUAUAAAAUAGUGGGAAGAGAUGUUACUGAUCAUAGGGACUUGCCACAUGUUAAUAUUUGCCUUUUAUGAACAUUUGUAACUCUCUUAAUGUGCUGUAGCAUUGUAUUUGACACCUUGAUCACAUCCAUUCGUGCUGUUUGUAAGUUAUUUUUCAGUAGUUUAAAACGCCCUCACCUUGUACAUCAGGUUUUUUAAAGCAAGCGUGCAUUCCAUUAAAAUAGUAUGAUACAAAAA